GGUCACACACAGGACCAAGCAGGAGCAGGACCUCAGCAUUUUUACUUUUUAAUACAAAUGGAGACACAUGAAGAUGUUCAAUACUGUUUUCUAGACAUAAACUCUUCUUGCAUUAAGGCUUUUCUAUCGACAUCUAUCUACAUAACACUGUACAUCUUCUUCUCACUGAUUUCAGCAGUUACAGUAUUUUUGAACGUACUGGUGAUCAUCUCCAUCUCUCACUUCAAGCAGCUCCACACUCCAACCAACCUGCUCAUCCUCUCUCUGGCUGCGUCAGAUCUCCUGGUGGGACUGAUUGUGAUACCAGUAAUGACUGUAGCAACAAUGGAACCAUGCUGGGGUUUUGGGGAAUAUUUCUGUGUGUUUAAUACCUACAUUGCUUGUUUAUCUCCUUCUUUAUCUGUGGGCAAUUUGGUCUUGAUAUCUAUUGACCGCUAUGUUGCUGUGUGUGAUCCCUUAUUGUACCACUCUAAAAUAACAACAACAAGAAUCAAGAGUUGUAUAUCCAUCACCUGGUGUUGUUGUAUCAUAUACCGUGCUGCUAAUAUACAAUAUUUUGUAAAUGUACAGGUGCCAAGUAGGUGUUUGAAAGAAUGUACUAAUUUUGAAGGGUCAACCUGGGUAAAUUUCACUGAUCUUGUUAUUACAAUGGUUGUCCCGUGCUCUGUUAUUAUUACACUUUAUGUGAAAAUCUUUGUGGUGGCCAGAUCACAGGCCAGAAAGGUAUUUUCAAAAGAGGCUGCCAGAGUGUUUGGUGUUAAAACUGUACAGGCAAGUAAGUCUGAGAGAAAAGCAGCAAAAACUCUGUCUAUUGUUGUUUUCAACUAUCUCAUUUGUUGGAUUCCAUCUCUACUUGUAUUCUUUAUCUUUUCUGUUUUAAUUGAUAAUUUAUUAGCAUAUUUCAUCCGUUUGUCAUUUGUUAAUUCCUUAAUUAAUCCAAUCAUUUAUGCUUUCCUUUAUCCAUGGCGCCCCCCCCCCUUGAGUUGUGCCGUCGCUGAGAUAUUUGUGGGCGAUACUCGGCCUUGUCUCAGGAUGAGCCAGAUUGAAGCUCCCGUAGUGGACGAAUGGUUUAAGCACUCGGAGGAGACCUUGGACGCCGCCCAUGUGCACCUGCAAUGGGCCGUGAGAAGGCAGAAGGUGAGCGCCAACCGCCACCACAGUGAGGCCCUGGUGUUCGCACCAGGGGAUUGGGUCUGUCUCUCGACCCGAAACCUGCCCCUCCGCCUGCCCUGCCGGCAGCUGAGUCCGUGGCCUCUGGACAUCGAGGGGGCCCCGGCGUAUGCUGUUCGAGCCAUCCUGGACACGAGGCAUCGGCGCUGGGCCGUACGCAGCGGCCAGAUCUUCCGGGAAGUCAUUGAACGAAGUCUCUCGGACUACUUUUAG